AUCUUAGGUUGGUAGUUAGAGUUCCUAAGCGCGUUACAACCAGUUUCUCAAUCAGCAUGUCUCGUGAUAGAUUCAGAAACCGUGGUGGCGGCGGAGGAGCUGGAAUGAGUAUAUACCGGCGCGGUAGUAACGGCGGUCGUGGAAUGGGAAUGCACAACUUUCGCGGGCACGGUUAUAUGGAGCAGAACCGCGGGCCUCCGCCACAGCAUCUGAAGCCCCAACUUCAGCAACAAAAACCACCGCAGCAACCUCCGAAUCCCGAAACUCCAAAGCCGCUUCAAACGGUCGCAGCUAAACCUCAGACUCCCGCGCAGACCCCUGCAGCUUCUCCUCAGACAAAGCCUCCCCAAUCUCCGCAACAAAAGCCUCCAAACACCCCGCAGCAGCAGCCGUCUACACCCGCAAAACCUACCACCCCUACACCAGCGCAACAGCCGCCUAAACCCUCUCCCCAGCCUCAACAGAAAACUCCUCAGCAACAGCCUCCGCAGCAGCAACAAAAGACACCUCAGCCGCCACAAAAGCCUCCCCAGCAACCGCAAAAAACACCGCAGCAGCAACUGCCGCCACCGCAGCAGCAGCAAAAAGGUCCGUCUCCGGCUAUGAAGACGCCACAGCAGCUGCAGCAACAACAACAGCAGCAGCAGAGGCCCCGGCCAGGGCCUAACAGCCAGAUCGGCCAGAAAAGGCCUUACCCUGGCCAGUCUCGAUUUUCACAGGCGCCCCCGGUGCAGGGGCCCAGGGAUGAAAAGCCGCUAGAGCAAACAACCUCUGAGGGUAUUAAAGCUUCCUUGUCUCUGCUUCGACGGCCCGGAGAGAAGACCUACACCCAACGUUGCCGACUGUUUGUUGGGAACCUUCCGGCAGAUAUUACAGAGGAAGAGUUUAAAAAAUUAUUCGCAAAAUAUGGCGAGCCAGGGGAAGUCUUUAUUAACAAAAGCAAAGGCUUUGGCUUUAUUAAACUGGAAUCAAGAGCGUUGUCAGAAAUUGCAAAGGCAGAGCUUGAUGAUUACCCUAUGAGGGGCAGGCAGCUACGUGUACGAUUCGCCACGCACUCUGCUGCGCUUUCUGUACGCAACCUUUCUCCUUAUGUGUCCAAUGAACUUCUGGAAGAAGCUUUCAGCCAGUUUGGCCCAGUGGAAAGGGCUGUGGUUAUUGUGGAUGAUAGAGGACGAUCUACAGGAAAAGGAAUAGUUGAGUUUGCAGCAAAGCCUGCAGCUAGAAAAGCUCUGGAAAGAUGCAAUGAAGGAGUCUUCCUCCUAACAACGACUCCAAUGCCUGUUAUAGUGGAGCCGCUUGAACAGUUUGAUGCAGAGGAUGGACUGCCUGAGAAACUUGCUCAGAAAAAUCACUUGUACCAAAAGGAACGUGAGAUUCCUCCUCGGUUUGCUCAACAUGGUACCUUUGAGUUUGAAUAUUCAAAGAGGUGGAAAUCUCUGGAUGAGAUGGAGAAGCAACAAAGGCAACAAGUGGAGAAAAACAUUAAAGAAGCAAAAGAGAAACUUGAAAGUGAAAUGGAAGACGCAUACCAUGAGCAUCAAGCUAAUCUCCUCCGCCAAGAUUUAAUGAGACGUCAAGAAGAGCUAAGACGUAUGGAAGAAAUUCACAACCAAGAAAUGCAGAAGCGCAAGGAAAUGCAGCUGAGGCAAGAAGAAGAACGCCGCAGACGCGAAGAAGAGUUGUUGCUCCGCCAGCGUGACAUGGAAGAGCAAAUGAUGAGGCAGAGAGAUGAUUAUCGUAUGGGUUACAUGGACCCCAGAGAACGGGAGAUGCGCAUGGGAGCAAAUGCAAUGGCUAUGGGAGAUCCAUAUGGCUCUGCAGGCCAAAAGUAUCCUCCAAUGGGACCUGGCAUGGGCUAUGAUGGCAAUCCCGCUGUGGCACAAGCAGCUAUGAUGGGGAGCGACAUGCGCAAUGAUCGUUUUGUCCCAGGGAACGCAGGGACUCCCAAUGCCCAAGGUUCCAGAGGGAUUGGAUCCGUGCCGCCUGCUGCAGCAGGGGCUGGUUAUGGGAGGGCAAGAGAGGACUAUGAAGGUCCAAACAAAAAGCCCAGAUUUUAGAGAGAUCAGUCCCUUUAAAUGUUAAUUUCAAAUGCUCACUUAUUUUUUUUUUAAUUUUCCUUUUUUAGUACUGAAGUAAAAUUUUUACUGAUGCUCAGUUGCUUGACCCAGUAUUUGUGAAUCCUAUUAGUGUAAUGCAGGUCUCGUAAGUCCACAACCCCUCCGUUGUUUUAUGGCAGUGAAUGUUUUUUUUUUUUUUAUAUAUAUAUCUAUAAAAUGCUUCAAACCUUCUGCAGCACAGGGUGUUGCCACUUGCUAAUGCAAACUGAGCAAACAACCCAGAAGCUAAGAAUUAGUCCUACAUGGAUUCCACUUUCUUGGCGAGAUCACAGAUUGACUAGCCGUGCUUCAGUCAUGUCUGCCAGCUGUGCACCCCCUUUUAAAAGCCAGUUGGGCAUCUCGGCACUAUUAACGUGCACCCAAAAGUACGCUGGUACUGUGAAGAUGCUGCUCCAACAAACUGUUGUGCCCCUUUAUAGCUAGAAGCUCGAAAAAAUGGCUGCUGCAGUUCUCUGCAUGCCAGCGGCACGGGGCGUGCAUUAAUGUUCACUUCUCUGGCAAUCAAGGAUUUUAUUCCCUUUUUGAGCAUUUUGUGGCCGGAACAAAAGCUCAGUGAAACUUGUAAUGGGUUGUAUUGAAUAACUUCUAAAUAAAAAACAAAACAAAA